AAUCGAGUAUUGUGUAUGUAUACGACGAUUAGCUUCGUUUCUGCGAGUGAUGCCAUUAAUCAAGUAAAACCCCAAUAAUGUAGUUAUAGUAACGAUUCAGAUCAAUGUUCGAUUCAUGUUUGCUUCAAUUCGCUUCACCAAAUCUUUCUUACACGAUGUUUUAUACUAACUACAUAGCUAGAAGGUCCGAAUCUUGAUAACAUAAAGGGCGUGGUUUAAUAUGUUAAUUGAAUUCUUCUACCCCCACUAUUCCAUAUACGGAAACGAGACAUCGAUUCUUGGUCGUAUUAUCAUCAUGGAAUCAAUCACGUGACUUCAUUAUAUUUAAAACAUUUGCUACUUGUUAUACGACUGCCAUUUGGGAAAUUUUAACCACCAAAAGACGCGGGUUCUGCUUCUUAAAGGGUUAUCUGAUCUAAUCGCCUGCCAGGAACAAUUAUCCCAUUCUUCAAAAAGGCGAUACAAAACACAAUUUGCCUCUGUGUUAUAGAAAACUAUUCAAUUCCAGAAAAUUGCACUGAAUUCUAAGGUGAAGGUUUUUAAGUGUAUAUUGAGGGGAAGGGGGAUUCAGUUACAAGAAGAAUUAAGAAGAUAUUCAAGGUUAAAAUUCAAAAUGGCAGGCAAUUCCGGUCAAAUAAAUGGAUCAGCUGACAUAUUACAAAAGGACCUCCUUCCCAAACUACCGGUUCCUAAUCUCCACUCCACUCUAGAGAAAUACCUAUCAUUAAUGAAGACAGUUUUGACGUCGCAGCAAUACUCUCGAACCAAAUAUUUGGUUGCUGAAUUCGGUAAAUCUGGCGGCGUAGGUGAAAAGGCACAAGAAUAUGUGAUAAAACAGUUUGACCUUAAAGAUAAUUGGAGUUAUGACUGGUGGUUAGAAGAUAUGUACAUGAAGAUCAGAUUAGGAUUACCGAUUAACUCUAAUCCAGGGGGUUUAUUCCCAACACAAACUUUUAAAAACCAGACACAACAUUUACAGUAUGCUGCCAAAUUAUUAUGUGGAAUUUUAGAUUUUAAAGCGAAAGUAGACAAUGGGUUAUUAAUACCAGAACGUGCUAGUCACAGUAAUAAGGGUCAGUUACUGUGUAUGGAUCAGUGGUAUAGGUUUUUAUCAUCAUUUCGUGAACCAGGAGUAGGCCAAGAUAUCCAGAGACAAGAUGUCUGUCCACGGGCCGAUGGCAAUAAUGUAAUAGUUGCUUGUAGAAAUAGGUAUUUUAAGUUAAAUUGUGGUCCCAUAGGAACAGUUCCCUCCAUAAAACAAAUAUUUGAAUGUUUAAAUGAAAUAGUCGAUACAGUAUUAGAUGAACCAUGUGAAGCACCACCUAUCGGUAUAUUGUCAUCAGCAGAUAGAGAUCAGUGGGCUAAAGCCAGAUUGAGACUUUUAGAAGACCCGGUUAACCAAGCCAGUAUUAAAGAUAUUGAAACAAGCUGUAUGUUAUUGUGCCUGGAUAAACAAACGUUACCUUCUGAAAAUUCGUUUGAUGACGAUAUUGGUGACGUAGCAUGCCUAGAACACGUGUUACACGGACAGGGAUCAAAACGGAACAGUGGAAACAGAUGGUUCGAUGUCACAUUUCAGUUAAUCGUAGCAGAAAAUGGAACAAAUGGCUUUAAUUAUCAGCAUUCUAUCUGUGAAGGCAUGGCUGUCGUUGAUUUCUGUGAACACGCUCUAGUGUAUGAAGAACGUGUAGACAACGUGACGUCAUUGAAUAAGCAGAAAUUGGCCAAACCUAAACAGUUAGAGUGGAAUGUGUCGACGGUAACCCUUGACGAUAUUCAAGUAGCCACGCAACAAAUGGAUGGGUUAAUUGCUGAUGUACAACUAUCCGUUUUAAAUGUUGAUACUUUUGGACGCGAAUUCCCUAAAAAACACAAAAUGAGUCCCGAUUCUUUCAUUCAACUAGCUUUACAAUUAACACAUUACAAGAUCCAUGGUACACUAGUAUCAACGUAUGAAAGUGCAUCUGUGAGGCGUUUUCGGUAUGGACGUGUAGACGUGAUAAGGGGAAAUUCCCCUGCAGCUUUAGAGUUUGUUCGAGCUAUGGUUGGAGAAUGGCAAACAACUGAUGAAGAUAAAUAUGCUUUAAUGAAGGACGCUAUCUUGUGGCAGAGUAAUUAUAUGAAGGAAUGUAUCCAGGGUUACGGUAUAGAUCUACAUAUAUUAGGUUUACGCGAGGCAUGUAAGGGGUUGAAUAUACCAUUACCAGGUUUAUUUACUGAUGAUAGUUACAGAUUGUUUAAUAACUUUGCUCUGUCUACUAGUCAGGUUGGUACCAAAAACAUGACAGCUGUCUGUUAUGGCGCUGUUGUACCAGAAGGUUAUGGCGUCUGCUACAAUCCUCGCCCAUCGUCUUUCUAUGCAGUAGUGACGUCCUUCCGGCGUUGCCUAGAUACCGAUUCCACCAUGUUUGCCAACAGUUUAGAAGCGAGUUUAUUACAGAUGCAGGGUCUGUGUGAACGAUGUGAUAUUACUGAAGUGCCCAACCAUCAGUUAUAGAUAAACAGGGUUAUUUUCAGUAACUUCUUUUAAAUUAGUUUCAUAGAGGAUAACUAUUGAAAUUAUAAUGUAGGCAUUAUUCAACGACUUCUAAAAGAGAGUUUAUUAAUGACUUUAUAAGAACAGAAGUAGACCUUUUUUGAAGUCAUUGGUCUACAAGAAUACAAAUUUCGUUCAGUGGCAGUGUGGAACAUUAAUGCACUGUGACACUGUGGCUAUACAUGUAGUAGAUAACAAGUGAAUGUAGAUAGAUUAUGGAAUUGGUAGUGUUAGGUAACCUGUCGCGCAAUAUAUUUUACGCCUGACUCAACUUUUUACAACCUUUAAUAUGUUAAAUCUAAGUUAUACUAUUGUUAUACCACAUAGUGUACAUAUGUAGAUGAUAGUUAUUAAUGUUAUUUUUAACGUGUAUAAUAUGUAUUUUUAUAUAGGUAGUGUCAGGUAGUAGGGGUUAGAUCUUUAUAGAAUACCAUAUUAAUUAAAUAUUGUUGUGUAAAAUAUGGAAUAUCUGAUUUAAUCAAUAGCAAUUGUCUUCUCGCUUGCCAGCAAAUUAUUACAUAGAACGGAGUGAUUAAAAUUGAAACUUAAUUCUUAUACCAAAACACUGAAUUAAUUUUAUUGUUAUUUUGGAACAUUGUUAAUAUUUAUCUAUAAACGUUUUCGCUUGUUGCGCCUGGUUUUUCUCCUUCAGAAUUAAGUCUGAUAUUCCAUUUUUAAAAGUAAUGUAGUCAGUAUAUUGUCCAACACCAACAAAGGAAUGAUGUUUUAUAAUGUCAGUAUUAUGAAACAGUAAACCAUAUAUCCCAUACAUAUCACAUAGAGAAACAUAGUUAUAUUUAGUAGCAGACGAUAGUUGUGAUAGAGUAGUACAUAGUUUUGAUAGUAUUUUUAAAUGAACAAUACAUAGUAUCUGUUAAUAUACAACUUUAUGUCAAUGAGCAGUAUGAUCUGUUAAUAUACAACUUUAUGUCAAUGAGCAGUAUGAUCUGUUAAUAUACAACUUUAUGUCAAUGAUGAGUAUGAUCUGUUAAUCAAUAUAAAACUUUAUAUCCAUAUACAUAAUGAGCAGUAUGAUCUGUUAAUAUUCAUCUUUAUGUCAAUGAUGAGUAUGAUCUGUUAAUUAAUAUAAAACUUUAUGUCCAUAUACAUAAUGAGCAGUAUGAUGUGUUAAUAAUUAACUUUAUGCCAAUGAUGAAUAUGUUUGAAAUGAAAAAGUAAAUACAGGACUGGUAGUGCAUGAAACAUUGAAAUGCAAGUUAAAAUACACUAAUGAUGUUGCAUUGUUGAUUUCUGGUUUUACAGAUAUUUACAAUUGUUUAAAUACUGUUACAAAUGUCAAAGUAAUCAACGGAAAGCGAGUACCAUAUGAACUGUAAGCUAUAUGGAAUGCAAUCAAAUGGACAUGCUCUUUACGAAAAAGAUACGGAAAUAAAAUAGAAGCAGUCUGUGAGAUUAUUAUAUUAUUCGUUUUGUGUAUAUUCUUUUUGUUGUUUUCUUGUUAUGAAUAUAUCGACUAUUAUUAUUUAUGUUAUUUUCUUUAUCCAUGCGUGUCAAAUACACGUACUGGUAAAAAGUUGGUUUCAAUACAAAGUUAUUGUUGUGAUUCAGUGAUUGUGAUAAUAUUGUGAUAAACACGAUAUAAAGGUCGGUAUAAAGUGCAAUACGUUGAAUUGGUUAUAAUUAUGGAAACCGUACACUUAUUAUAAUAAUAUAGUUCACUUAUAUGAUAUGUGUAUUCAACAUUAUUUGUUAUAUUUAUAUUAUUAUGUGUUUAUGUUCCAUACAUAUAGACAGUUGUGUUGAUGAAUGCGUGACACCCUGACUUAUGGAAUAGAAAGAUUAUGCUGAUUUAAGUUUAAAACGUUGAACAGUUGAAUACAGUUUCUCAAUAAUGUUUACGUACAGAUGUAGACAAUUGUCUUUAAUACCUUUUCAUUUUUUAAAAAAAAAAAAGUGCAAUACGUUUUGUAAUAUGUUACGAAUACGUGUAGGUAGUUCUAUUUAUUUUUUUUUAUUUUAUUAUUUUUUUUAAAAAAAAAAAGGUGCAAUACCUUUAUGUGUUAGGUAUAAUAACCGGAACAAUACACUUAUAUAAUGUAUUUAUCUAUUAUUAUUGUUAUUUGUUAUAUGAUAAUUGGUAAUAUUAUUGUUUACCUAUAGACAGUUUGCUCUAUAUUAUAUGUCAUAGACAUGUACUGUAUAUCAUUAUUAAUGUUUUAGAGGACUAUAACAAGUAAUACAACAAAACAGCAGUUGGCUAUUAAAUUACCAAAUCAAUUCAUACAUUUUAUGUUAAUUUGCACAUUUUAAAAGGUGGUUUAAUAUGACUAAGAUACCAUGGUGGUGAUGCUUUAAAGCAGAUGGUAUAUGCACAAAUAACGACAUCAGCUACUAGAAUCAGCUUAGAAAUUUUUCAACAUCCCUUCCGUUCAAAGACCACAUUAAAAUUAUUGCUUCCGUGGCCUUACUGUCGGAGUCACAACUUGCAGUUGUUUACUGGAACAUGUAGAAACAGAUAAAUAUUGCCAUUUUAAACUUGUAGACGCCAUAUUGACACAUCCCCUGGUAUUUUUGACGUCAUUAAUAGAUUCUUGAAGUAUCAAAAGAAUUUAAAUGUUCAUCCGAGUAACUGUCAUGAUCAUAUAUAUUUUGUUAGAAUUAUAAUGAACAUGUCAAGGCGUAAACGAAGAUGUUUUAUCAGUUGUAGAUGCCAUUUAUUUAUUUUUUUCUUACAUAACUUCGAUUUACCACAAGUAUAGUUCUAAGAAAUCAGUCUGUGAAUAUAAUGUGGCUGUAAUAGAACAAAGCAUAUUACUAACUAUUCCAUAUAGAUUUUGACAAAUAUUGUCUUUAUACACCCACAUUGUCGUCGCCCCUGUCCGUCUGGACGUCCGUCCGUCCACGAUUUGUUUGUGGACAGUCUACAGGUCCGAUUUAUCCGAUUUUGACGAAACUUGACAUAUAGGGUUAUCUCCUAAAGAUCUCGGUUCCUUUCGAUAUUGGCAUGUAUCGGGCAGUAACUUCAUGGAUUAUGGUCUCCGAUUGUACGAAUCACAUUGUUAGAUUGUGGAAACUCUAGAGGUCACAAUUUGUAUCCGAUUUUGAUGAAACUUGAAAUGUAUGUUUUUAACAUCAAGACCUCAGUUCAUUCGAUAUACGCGCAACGUCCUGGAUUGUGGCCUCUGAUUGUACGAGGUCACAAUUUUUAAACAAUCUAAAAGAAAAACGUUUGAAUAACGGUUGAGUUCGAAUUUCAUGAAAAUCAGACCGAAACUACCGCACAAAAUGGCCGCUAUAUGUACGCAAAUAAUAUUAAAGUAUGUAAUAUCAAGGUUGUGGACCCUCUAGAGGUCACAAUAUUGAUCCGAUAUGGUUAAAUUUAAAGCAAGCGUUUAUUCGCGCAUAUCGAACCAUAACUUCCUGAAUUAUGGUCCCUGAUUGUAGGAAAAAAUGGCGAUUUUAGCUUGUGGACCCUCUAUAGGUCAUAAUUUUCAUACCAUUUUAAAAAUCGUUUAAAUUUAUGACCGUUACACCCUGAUGAUGGUUGAGUUCGAAUUUCGGAAUAAUCGGACCGACACUACCCAACAAAAUGACAGCCCUUGUACGCAAAUAGACUAAAAAUAUGUAAUACGAAGGUUGGCCGUUUUUUGUCCGAUUUUGAUCAAACUUAAAAUAUAUCUUCAUAUCCAAAAGAUCUCAGCUCCUUUCGAUAUUUGCGCAUUUCAGACCAUUUCUUGCUGGAUUGUACGAAAAAUCACAUUUUUAGCUUGAGGACCCUCUAUCCGAUUUUAAAAACCGUUUAAAUAUAUCACCGUUGGACGGUAAUGAAGGUUGAGCUCAAAUUUUGGGGAAAUCAAAAUGAAACUGCCCAACAAAAUGGCCACUCACUGUAUGCAAAUAGUGUAAAAGUAUGUAAUACAAAGGUUGUGGAUCUUCUAGAGGUCACAAUUUUUGUCAGAUUUUGAUGAAACUUAAAAUGUUUAUACCCCAAAGAUCUCAGUUGCUGUCGAUAUUCGCUCAUGUCAUACCAUUACUUACUGGAUUAUGGCCCCUGAUUGUACGAAAAAUCACUUAUUUUUUUAGCCUGUUCUCUAUCUAUCUCUUCAAAAUGUGGGUGUAUCUUGCAUGGCAACUAUUUGUUCAUUUUAAAGUGACUUGAAAGUGAUCUGAAAAAAAAACGACGGGGGGGGGGGGGGGUUGUUGUUAAAUAGUCGGCUUGUGAUCGUUAUUUUCAAGAAUAUUGUUUUGAAUAUGGACCACUUGUAUAUUAAAAGAAGUAAAUAAACAUAAAAUUGUUGAUAUGAUAAAAUUAGUUAUGAUUUGUGUAAUCAUAUUACCAAUGACCACUGCAUACAAUUUUUUGCAAAUUCACCAAGCAGUUAUGGGCCAAACCAUAGAUAUCAGACACUUGGGUGUACAAGAUGUGAACCUAUAUGAGGACUUUAAUUUUAUAGGUAAAAAAAGGAGUCAAAACUAAAUAUUAAAGAAAAUGUAAGUUAUAAUGAUUUAUGGGAUAGAAAAUAACCUAAGCAUUAUAUCAUGUUUCUAUCAUUGAUUUUCUUCUUCUAUGAUACCAAAAGUGACUGCAACCAGCUAUUUGGCUCAAUUAUAACAAAUCAUACGUCUGAGGAAUUUAUCUUUCAGAUAACGAAUACCAAAAAAUACGGCAAUUUAAGGGUUUUAUGCCUUAGUUUAAGUUCAGCCUGUCAGGUCAUAUUAUUCCAUAAAAGUAUUCUUAACACAAAUUAUUAUAGAAAUGUCAUAUCCUAAUACACGGUA